CGAUUUUCGAGGGGCGAUUUGUUAUUUUCUCCACAGCCUCGACUUCUCCCUCUCACUUUGCCUCCUACAGCACCACGUUUCUCAAUCUUGGUCCAACCCGCGCUUAUAGAGAAGACUGAACAUGGGCAAAGGUCAGAUCGCCCCCUCUCGCUCGCUCGCCUCAGCCUGCUGACGAGCUUUUCCAGGGACCGACAAACUCUACAUCACUCACUCCGAAUGGGCCUCGUCCGAUGCGUACUCAGCGAGCGCGGGCGCCGGUGUGCGCGCUGACACCUCCCACCACGCCGCCUUCAAGCGCCUGCCCUUCAACUUCUGCGCCCUAAGUCUGCAGCCCUUCACCACGCCCGUCUGCACAUCCGAAGGCAUCAUAUUCGACCACGAGAACAUCCUACGGUGGCUGCUAAAACAUGACACGAACCCGACGACUGGGAAGCCCUUGAAACAACAGGAUCUCAUAAAGUUGCAGUUUGCGAAGAACGACAGCGACGAAUAUGUCGACCCCGUUACAUUCAAGGUAUUCACGGACAACACGCACAUCGUGGCGAUCCGCCACGGAGAUUCAGCGAAUGUGUUCGCAUACGACACCGUUGAGCGACUGAAUAUAAAACCCAAGAUGUGGCGCGACUUAGUCUCGGACGAGGAGUUCACCAGGAAGGACCUGAUUACCCUGCAAGAUCCGCAGAAUGUGGAGUCCCGCAACCUCACCUCAUUCAAGUACUUGAAAGACGGGGAAGAUUCAGGGAUCCCUAAAGAGGAAGCGUCCAUCAAUACCGCGAGUCUAGGCAGUGCUGCGGACCUGAAAAUCAUGAAGGCGAAGGAGGCGGUUGCAAAGGCUAGGGCCGAGCGAGCAAAUGCUGUCUUGCAAAACAGCAAAUCUUUGUCGACGUCAACGUCGGCCCACACAGUCAAGAAGACAGCUUCAACAUCCCAAUCGUCAAAACCAAUACCUUACAAUGCAACACGCCACACCACCGGUCAAGCUGCCGCCUCCUUCACCUCCACCGGGCUCACACCGCACACCUCCAACGCGCUCGCAACGAUGACAGACGAAGAAUACAUUCUGAAACCCCGGCGGGUCAAACACAAGGGUUACGUCCGGCUGUCCACCACCCUCGGACCCCUGACAUUAGAACUCAACCCGGAGUACGCGCCCAAGGCCGUCUGGAACUUCGUCAAGCUGGCGCAAAGGGGGUAUUACGACGGCAUCAUUUUCCACCGCAACAUCCGAAACUUCAUGAUCCAGUCGGGCGAUCCGACCGGGACAGGCAGGGGAGGGACGAGCAUAUGGAACAAAAACUUCAACGACGAACUCGAAGGCCCGCUGAAGCACGACAAGCGGGGCGUGCUGAGCAUGGCGAACAAGGGCAAGAACACGAACAGUUCGCAGUUCUUCGUCACCUACCGCCCCGCCAGCCACCUGGACCACAAGCACACCAUCUUUGGACGGGUCGUGGACGACGACGGCGGCGACUCACUGGAGACGCUCAAGCGGCUGGAAAACGCGCCUGUGGACAGCACCGACCGGCCCGAGGAGGAGAUCAAGAUCGUCGAGGCAACGGUGCUGAUUGAUCCGUUUGAGGAGUUUUGGAAGCAGAAGAACCAGGCGGAGCGGACCGAGAAGGAGAAGUCGGAUCGAAAAGCUGCUGCCGCCGACGAAGGAAGUCUCGAUGUGGACGAGGACCGCACGACAUGGACGGGCAAGAGGAUACGAGACGACGGCACGGUGGAUUCUGGCGGCGGUAUCGGACAGGUGGGAAAGUAUCUCAAAGCUUCAUUAGCAAGGCACGGCCACGACAAUGACAAUGACAAUGACGAGGACGAGAUUGUCGAGUUCGUCGAUGACGAGCCUGAGGAACCCGUACGGAAAAAGGCAAAAGGGGGAGGUGGCGGGUUUGGAAAUUUUGAUUCGUGGUGAUCUCUACAUUUAUUCCUACAUGGAAAUGGGGAGUAUGGGACGAGAUCACGGCCAAACCUGGAAUGACCACCAGCACCAAAAUCAAGAUUCCAUGUUAACUUACCUUACCUACCUUGUCUGAUUAGAUUUCCUGUCAACGAUCAAACCCAUUGAACCCU